UAACAGCUCCCUUCAUCGGGCCGCCCCCUCGGGGUCCCGGGUCCCGGGUCCCGGAGGAGUUACCCCAGCAACCCGGCAAUGCCGAUCGCGUGUUCACGCGCGCUGGCUGCGCUGCAGUCCAGCCAACAGCACCUGCGAGGCCGCGCCGGCUGCUCGCCGCCGCGCUCCGGGCUGGGAAGAACAGCGAGGGAGCGCCUACUCCCGGACUGUGGGUCCCCCCUCUCCCCGCAGCAGGCAUUGGAGACAUUUGUGAGUCAAAGCUAUCUACAAAACCAUGGAUGAUACAAGAACAGUACUUGACGUUGAUGAGUACCCUGACACUGAGGUACAGAAAAACCGAGUGCUAACUCUGGAAGAAUGGCAAGAAAAGUGGGUAGAUCGCAAUAUUGCAUUUCACCAAGAACAAGGACAUCAGCUAUUAAAGAAGCAUCUGGAUGCUUUUCUUAAAGGCGAGGAAGGACUGCGGGUAUUUUUUCCUCUUUGUGGAAAAGCAGUUGAAAUGAAAUGGUUUGCAGACCGAGGACACAGUGUAGUUGGUGUGGAAAUCAGUGAACUUGGGAUCCGGGAAUUUUUUACGGAGCAGAAUCUUUCUUACUCAGAAGAACCAAUUAUGGAAAUUCCUGGAGCCACAGUAUUCAAAAGUUCUUCAGGGAACAUCUCAUUGUAUUGUUGCGAUCUUUUUGAUCUUCCCAGAGCAAAUAUUGGCAAAUUUGACAGGAUUUGGGAUAGAGGAGCAUUAGUUGCUGUUAAUCCAGGUGAUCGCAAACGCUAUGCGGAUAUCAUGUUGUCCCUAACGAGCACUGGGUUUCAGUACCUCUUGGCUGUUUUAUCUUACGAUCCAACUAAACAUGCAGGUCCACCAUUUUACGUUCCAGAUGCUGAAAUUAAAACCUUGUUUGGUUCAGUAUGCGAUAUUCAUUGCCUGGAGAAGGUUGAUGCUUUUCAAGAACGAUAUAAAAGUUGGGGACUUGACCAUAUUAUUGAAAAGUUAUAUCUACUUACAGAGAAGUAAAUGAGACAUAAAUAGAAGCAAGUAAUAUCGACAUGUUUUAAAACAACUGAAAAUUGUGCUAAGGCAUGAAAAUAUAAUGGAUGACUUUUGGAAAAAUGUUCACAAAUCACAUCCUAGAUCUUUGCUCACAAAUGCUUCUAACUUUUUAGGAAAAAAAAACCACUAAUACUUUGGAAAGGAGAGUGUGAUUGGGGGUGAAAUAUUAUACCUGUGUGUCUUACCUACAGAAUGCAAGAAUUUUUUACGAUCAGCACGGACUCCUUAUAUGAUUAAAAAAUAAAAGAGAAAUGUAAUGCAUAUAACUUAAAGAAAUAUAAUACACAUAGAAAAAUUGGCAUUCUUUAUGGGAUUUAGAACCAUUAAGAAAAUGUAACGCAUUAAGAAGUUUCAAGAUAAGAGACAAUGGUCCAAGACAUUAUACAAAACAUUAAUUUUUACUGUAAACCCUCAUAGUGUACUCAAUUCUAGAACUCCUUUUCACAUUUUUUCUCUUUAUAUAAUUUUAUAUGCGACAGAAUGAAGAAACAAAUUUUUAAAUUAAUGAAAUUAAUCUAUAUGGAAAAAAAUAUUUUUCCCAAACUAAAAUUAUUUUUAAACACUU